CCUGCUCGCAGUAUUGACUAGCAGUUCACUGCAUGAUGCAGUCUGUUUGAAGACAGCAGGCUUGAGAGAUUUCCUGCUCGUGUCUGGCUACUUUUACCUUCACAUUGCAUAGCAGAAAGAGGAGGAAAAGACAAGCUCUCUCAGCCAGAGUUUCAGAUGAAAAUGAUGAGAAGGAAGCUAGUCAAUUGAGACAAGAUUCUGAAGACAUUUCCUUCCAACAAAAUCUUCAAAAAUGGCUGGAAGAAUAAUAUCAUACCCAACUAACUUUUCAAGUAACUAUUCAUGUCCACUGAUUGACGAUUUCCGAAAUCAAGUCUAUUCUACAGUGUACUCCUUUGUCUUUGUUGUGGGCUUCUCAGGAAAUGCAUUUGCUCUGUUCGUCCUUGUGAAAACUUUCAAGCAGAGGACGGCCUUCAACGUCUACAUGCUCAACCUGGCAGUGUCGGACAUGCUGUGUGUUUGCACCUUGCCUUUGCGUGUGGUUUACUACGCUUCCAAAGGCAGAUGGAUUUUUGGGGACUUCUUGUGCAGAAUCAGCUCUUAUUCUCUCUAUGUCAAUCUGUACUGCAGCAUUUAUUUCAUGACUGCCAUGAGUUUCAAUCGUUUCCUGGCCAUUGUGUUCCCCGUAAAGAACAUGAAAAUAGUGAAUGUUAAGAAGGCCAAGAUAGUCUGUGCCAUGAUAUGGAUUUUUGUCACCCUUACUAGUAGCCCAUUCCUGCUUUCAGGCUCUCACACCUAUGGAAAUAAAACAAAGUGCUUUGAACCUCCAAAAGUUGGGACCAGUAGAGGUGUAAAAAGCCUUUUGAUUAUGAACUAUGUUUCGCUGGUUUUAGGCUUCAUCCUGCCAUUCCUCAUCAUUCUUAUUUGUUACAUAUUUAUUAUAAGGACAUUAUUGAAAAGCACAGCAGCUAUUAACAAAAAAAAAGCAUCGCGUCAAAGAGCAAUCCAUCUAAUCAUAAUCGUGUUAGGUGCUUUCCUGAUCAGCUUCAUGCCGUAUCACAUCCAGCGUACAGUACACCUGCAUUCCUUGCAGCAGUGGGGGCAGAACUGCGAUGACGUUAUUUACAUGCAGAAGUCAGUAGUUGUCACGCUCUGUCUGGCAGCUGCCAAUACCUGCUUUGACCCGCUCUUGUACUUCUUCUCUGGGGAGAACUUUAGACGAAGACUCACAACCUCCUUCACUAGAAAAUCCUCCAUCUCAAGCAAUCAACUGUCAAACAAAAAGAAGCGCUCGUUAAUGCGUGUUGAACCAGAUAAAUCUGAUGAAGAUCCUUUCAAUCCUGCUCAGAUAAGUGGAAGCAACAGCAACGAAACAGCAAGGUAAAUGGAAAAGGACUGAGCCUUUCAAAUGUGGAAUCUCUUCCGCCAGCAUAGUGUUGCCAUCAUACAAAGCAAUUGUAAACCAAACUCGCUUAAAUGCCUAGAUUCAAUGUGUAGAAACCAAAUGUAAAAGGAACUUUCUGAUUGUGGUGUUAUUGUAAUUUUUUAAAAACUUUAUUGUAACUCACUGCAGUAUUCAAAAGAUGAAUAUUCAUAAUUUUUCAAAGGGCCACGGUCUCCAUGAAAAAAUCUUUUUGUUGGUUUACAAACACACAUAUAUGUAGAAUGUAUCUGAAAAGCAUCCAACUAUAAUUUGAAGUGGAUAUUUUAUGUAUAGAUAAAUAUAUAUUUGGAUUACUGAUCAGAUUUAUUGGGGGUCUUGACAUUACAAUGGAAUUUGAUUUGGUUCAAAAGGGUUGGUACUAAUGAUUCCAUGAUUUAGAAAUUAAUUAAGCUAAUGUGCACAGUGUCCCAGCACUUAAACUUCCUUUUUUUGGAAAAAGGUUGAGAGGGAUAUAAUCCAAUUCUUUAAAACUCUGGGAGGUCUCUGAGAGAGCUUGGGGGCACACAUUUAGGUUUAACAAGCCUCAAACAAAAUCAAUAAAGGAGUUGUUUCCUCCUCAAAAUGCUAGACAGGUUACCAGAAUCAUUGAUUAAAUCCUUGAUGAAGAAUCUGAGGAGCUCCCCAGCUGACUGCAAGAUUCAAGGUUAUGGGGUUAAUUAUGAAGGAUUGCUUGUUGCCCAACAGUCAGCCAAAUUGAAGACUAAGGAAUCAUGAGGCCUCAUCAAGUUUAAUAAAUGAGUAGAUGGGCCAUACAGAGCAAAAAGUUUCCAAGUUGAAUCACUUUUCUGUGUUUAAGUUAACUUAUCUCAGCCAAGGUAGUGCUCAGAAUGUUACAAAACACUUCAGCUGCCCAUUCAUCAAAUGGGCAGUGCAUUUGUUUAGCAUUGGAUCUCGACUGUGAUACCCUCUCACAAUCAAAUGAUCUGCUGACAAUUAUGCUUGAAUAAUGUCCACCUGGGCAAGUGCUGGAGAACAUCUGUCACUCAUGGAACUGCACCCUUCAGGGGAGCAAGAAAGCAGAGAAACAUUCAUGAGGAAAAAAAUGGCAAGACAAAGAAAAGUGGAUAUUAAGAAAAAUGAGUUGUUGUUGCCAGAAGAUGUGGGUUUGAUUUUUCAAAUGCUCAUUCCUUCAAUUUUGUUAAAAUACAAAAUUAAGUGAUAAGCAUAUGAUUUAACUGUGAUGUAUCUGACAGCUUUUCUCCACCUAUAAACAAAACAAAUACAGGUUCCAACCCAUUCUCAUGAAGCCAUUGCCAAAUGACACAGGCAUGUAUUGCAUUUUACUGAGAAUUUAUGCUGUUCAGGGCAUAUUAAAGUUAAAUUUUCCAAAGCUCAGACUUUGGGGGAAAAGGAAUAGAUAACAUGGUGUGGGGGUAGGAUGAGGAAUUUAUUAGAAUAUUUUGAAAACUCUUUGUAAAAUAUAUUGCAGUACUGAUGACAAUUAUUGCUCCUUCAGAGAUACUUUUUUUUAACCCUUUUUUAAAUGCCUUCAAGCAUUUCUUUUAAAUUAAGGGAGCCAUAUAAGUAUGAAUGGAGUGGAAAAGAUCAUAUGAUUCAUCAAGCCUACCCCAUCCAGACAUGGUGCUCCCCAGGUGUGCCACCAACCCAUCCCUCUGUCAUCGGGUCUCCUGGCAAAGCAACCAGUAUCCAAUAUCAAAAAAACUGUGCAAAACUCCUCUCCAAAGCCUGAAGGAAAUCAAGCAAAGAUCUCAGGGACCGAGGUGGCUCAUUAGUAUAAUUCAUCCUGACUCCCCAAACCUACCGUCUGUAACUCAGGCUGAUCUCCUCUCUCAGAAAUCUGCCCAGCUUUUUCCUAAAGGAAAUGUAAACUAAAUUUCUCGCCAUUCUGUUAGUGCUGCUAGAACUUGUACAAAUGAUCUAUGUAACUUCAAACAUAAUUUCCAUAGCGUACACUGCUUGCUGUCAACAAGGUAUUAAUUCACAUGAACAAACAGAAAGUUAGUAAAGUUAAUCCCUUUCUUUGUAAUUGAGAGAAUUAUACCUCACUGUCAGGGGCUCCAAAUUGUGGCUCACAAGGACUUGCAUUCCAGUCCUUGCAACCAGGCAACAUAGUUCUAUUUGCAUUCAUAUUUCUUCCUCGCUAUUUUGUCUCAUUAAAAUUAUUUGGACCUGGAGGUUUCAAGAUAAUUAUUCCCAGCACUAUUACACCAUUGGUGAAUGAGCCCAAAAUUGAACACCAAGAUCUGUUGGUAAACUCAUCUUGAUAUUUAUACAUAUUAAAUCGAACAUUGAAAAUCAAAAUGCACUGACUUAAAUUGAUGGAGCAGGCAAACUUGAACUAAAAAUAAAUAGCUGGCACAUUUAUAUGUGGAAGUUAGCCAAUGUGAGACUGCUUGUCUUCUCAGUUCUAUUCAUCACAACACUGAGUGGAUUCAGAGAAUCAGCAACAGGAUCAAAGCAAAUGUGACUAUAUAUGUUAAGGAAUGCUCAAAAAAUCAUACUUAUUGCGUCCACCAGCCCACCCCAUUGGGAAGCUGGUGAGAUUGGGUGCUACAUUGGUUUCACAUCCAAUGGAGCGUAAUGUUGGAUGUCCAGCCGACCCGAUGGUUUGCCCACCCAGCAAGUUAAAUUAAAAUUACCCUUGACAAUUCUGGAUGUGGAUGCCUUUGAUUUUGGAGAAGGUCCAUGGGGGUCAGGGAUUCCACUGGUAGAACCCACGUUGGGUGAGGCAUAACAGGAAGUGCAGGUCAAUUAUGUCUUUAUCUCCAUCACCUUGCGUCUCAUGUGGUGAUACCUCCCCACGAAGGCGUGUAAUAUAAACAUGAUAGAGAAACGUAAUUUCAUGUUGACUAGUUAAGGGGGAAGUAAUUAGGAAAGCCAAAAGGUUAAAAGGAAUAAUUACAAAACAGGUUCCUUUGUAAACGACUGUGUAUCAUAAUUCUUUUGUCUAUAACAUCACUUUGUGCUCACUGUAAAUUCAACACAUAAGAAUGUGAAGUGUGUAUUUCUGCUUAUGUUAGCAAAUUUCUCAAUUUUUUUUUGGUUGGUGAAAUAGUGUUGGAGGAACACCAACCAUAACUUUGUUAUGUUGACUUAUAAUGUCAGAAGGUUCUAUUUUUAUAUUCCUUAAAUGGUAUUGUUAUCAUGAAACAAGAAGCAAGUUUCACCAUUUGUAAUUAUUUUAUAUUCAGCUUUCUACAGCAGGAAAUAAUAAAUGAAUUUUUUCUCACCA